AUGACGACGUUGAAUGUCUUAACAGCAAGACUUUCAACCAUAUGUUCCAUGAGAACUGCAAAACCGUGUAGAUCCUCAUCCUUCGUUAUGGGUCCUCAUUCGCAUGGCUCUCUAUCGAGGAACAGUUAUAAAGCAUUAGGGCUGAAAGCUUCUUCCUCCUCCUGUGUAUCAGCAAUGGCAGUUUACAAAGUGAAGCUGUUGGGGCCAAAUGGUGAGGAGGCUGAAUUUGAUGCCCCUAAAGAUGUUCACAUUCUGGACUCAGCUGAAAGCGCAGGGCUGAAGUUGCCUCACUUGUGCAGGUCAGGGGCAUGCUCUACUUGUACCGGGCUCAUGGUUUCGGGGUCGGUGGAUCAAUCGGAGGGAGUGUUCCUAGAUGAGAUGCAGAUGGAGAAAGGGUACGUGGCCACCUGCGUCUCAUACCCAACAUCAGAUUGUGUUAUUCACACCCACAAAGAAAGCGAUCUCCACUGACUGAACUGCAAUGAGCAGAGGAAGAAGAGUAGUAUAUUUUUCUCUCUGCAUAUUUCAAAUGAUU